GGCGUAUCAAUUAUAUUAGUUGGCUCAAACAUGGAUGCUCUGAAAGCCUUCAACAACACGUUGGCUGGUUUUGUCCGACAUACAAAACCACAAACGGUCAACUGUAUCUCGGAAACGAGUUGUUACAGGCGAAUUUAGAUUUUAGUUAUGCCAAGUGCUUUUUGGUGAUGCCGCGUAUAUCCCGCUCUCUUGUGUACAUCGAAGGUGAUAGCUGUAGCAUGUAUCAGGAAGUCACGCACAUUUGCUUAGACAAUGGAGAAUGGCACACAGAACGAGCAUUUGUUGUACUGCAUCAUAGUAAAGAUGUCGUUGGCCUUUACGAUCGUGAUGACAUCCAGUCAUUGUGGGAUCCUGGUCCACAAAAGCAACUGAAGAUGUUUGUAGAUGUAAAUCAGUUAAUCAGCUUUAGAACGGAACCAAAUGAUUGUCAGAAGCAAUCAAUUCUCAAAUUUCUAGGAUGUGACACACUAGUCACUCGACAAUGUUAUGUAAAUCAGAAGGACCAACUGAUGUGACGACCCCUUUGUUGCAGACAAGCUCUGCUUCGAAGAAGCAAGAAGGCUGCUUUUCUUGUGUACAUUUAGCAGUGCCAAUUCAAGGUUGUUCACUGCGGAGUGAAUCAGUCGACCGGUCUACACUGUCCAACUUGUCACCUUUAGUCAAAACCACAAACACAUUCGUUCCUAAAAGACAGUUUAAAACAAAGAAUAUUCUCAAUUGCAGUUUGCAGCUAUCAGCAACACUAAAUAGUAUCAGUGACGUGUAUUCUUUGGCAGAGUCUAUACUCACAUGCAGUUGUUCAAACGUGCUAGCGUAUGUAGCCUCGUCCCCAGACUCACGUGAGCCUGGCAGUGUCCGGUUCCCGUAUAACACUUUCAGCCUCCUGUGUGUCUGGACUCACCGCGCCUACUUUCAACACUGA